AUGCCUCCUCCGAAAUCCAAAGGCGGAAAGAUGCUCAGUCUCGUCAACUGGAGACUGAAAGUUACGAUCAACGAUGGACGAGCACUCAUCGGCCAAAUGCUGGCGUUUGACCGGCAUAUGAACCUGGUUCUGGCAGAAUGCGAAGAGUUCAGACGCGUACGGCCCAAGAAAAAACCUGGAGAGGAGACCGCCCCCGAGCAGGAGAUGAAACGGACGUUAGGGCUGGUUAUUCUGCGAGGCGAGACAGUCGUCAGCAUCAGCGUUGAAGGGCCACCCCCCGUCGUGGAUGAGGACAAAAAGAACGCGCUCCCGAUUGGCCCUGGACGCGGUAUGCCUGCUGGACGUGGAAUGGGAAUGAUGCCCCCAAUGGGUGCCCCUUCGCUCGCACGGCCCCCAAUGCCCUUCCCGCCUCCAGGCAUGGCCGGACCUCCUCCUGGGUUCAGGCCGCCAGGUUUCCCUCCUGGUAUGCCAUUCCCCCCUCCCCAAGGCUUUGCCGGCCCGCCACCUGGGUUCCAACCCCCACCUCAAUGA